AUGACAACUAAUUCACAAUCUGUAAAGGAAGCUAUCACAGCUCUAGAGCAAGAAACUGAAUCAAAAAUAGAGGCUGUUCAUGAAUACGUUAAGCAAGCUUGCGACUCUUUUCGAACCAGAGGAAUGAUAUACCUUGACCAGCUUCCACCUGCGACGCGUCAAUUGACUGUAGAGAAGUUUUAUAGUAAGUACGGAGAAAGUAUUGAAGCAUAUCUCGGACAGCAAAGAGACAAUAUAUUAGAACAGUUGGACGAGAUAGUGGAAAACCCUACAGUAAAAAGAGAGAAUAGAAGCGAUGAUUUGAUAUUGGAUGACAAUGAGAGCUUUAUAGACUUGGAACUUCCUGUUGAAGAGGCUGACUUCAGGGAAGGUGCACCAGAGAUGGGUCCGAUCUUUAUUCGACUGGAAAGAAAGGAUGGGUCAAAUAUUAAUGUAAAGCUCGAUCCUAAUAAGACAGUGCCUGAACUUGGAAAAUACAUGCUGGUUGCACCAGAUAACAUCUUGUGGCAACUAGAAGAUCAAACUCAUCGACACCGAGUUUGGGAGCAGAUAGAAGAUAUACGUUCGCAACUUGAGUUAUUUCAGAACCGCUUGUUAGAGAAAUAA